ACGUGUUUCCUGUUGAUCUUUAAUUAGUAUAAGUUACAUACAAUAUCAAAUCCUAUGAAUCCGAAACAAUAAACUCAAAAUAUGAUGAUGGUUUCUAGCAAAACCUUCUCUUCACUUCAGUUUUUCACUCUUUUCUACCUCUUUACAGUUGCAUUUGCUUCCACUGAGGAAGCAAUUGCCCUCUUGAAAUGGAAAGCAACUUUCAAGAACCAGAAUAAUUCCUUAUUGGCUUCAUGGACACCAAGUUCUGAUGCAUGCAAGGACUGGUACGGAGUUAAAUGCUUUAAUGGUAGAGUAAACACGUUGAAUAUUAAAAAUUCCAGUGUCAUUGGUACACUCUAUGCUUUUCCAUUUUCAUCUCUCUCUUUUCUUGAGCAUCUUGAUCUUAGCAAGAACAAUUUUUCUGGCACCAUUCCACCUGAUAUUAGUAAUCUCACUAAUCUUGUCUAUCUUGACUUGAACAUCAAUCAGAUUUCAGGAACAAUCCCACCACAAAUUGGUUCACUAGCCAAGCUUAAGAUUCUCCGUAUAUCCGUAAACCAUUUAAAUGGAUCUAUUCCUGAAGAAAUAGGUUACCUAAGGUCUCUUACUAAGCUAUCUUUGGGUAGAAACAUUCUUAGUGGUUCAAUUCCUUCUUCAUUGGGGAAUUUGAACAACUUGUCUCUUUUGCUUCUUUAUGAAAAUCAACUUUCUGGCUCUAUUCCUCAAGAAAUAGGUUACCUAAGGUCUCUUAGUGUCAUAGAUUUGAGUAGUAACUCUCUUAAUGGCUCUAUUCCUUCUUCAUUGGGGAAUUUGAGCAACUUGUCUGAGUUGGGUCUUUAUAGUAAUCAGCUUUCUGGUUCUAUUCCUGUAGAAAUAGGUUACCUAAGGUCUCUUAAUGUCCUACAUUUGAGUAAUAACUCUUUUAAUGGCUCUAUUCCUGCAUCAUUGGGGAAUUUGAACAACUUGUCUUUUUUGCUUCUUUAUGAAAAUCAACUUUUUGGCUCUAUUCCUCAAGAAAUAGGUUACCUAAGGUCUCUUAGUAACCUACAUUUGAGUAAUAACUCUCUUAAUGGCUCUAUUCCUUCUUCAUUGGGGAAUUUGAGCAACUUGUCUGAGUUGGGUCUUUAUAGUAAUCAGCUUUCUGGCUCUAUUCCUGUAGAAAUAGGUUACCUGAGGUCUCUUAAUGUCCUACAUUUGGGUAAUAAUCAGCUUUCUGGCUCUAUUCCCGAAGAAAUAGGUUACCUAAGGUCUCUUAAUGUCCUACAUUUGGGUAAUAACUCUCUUAAUGGAUCUAUUCCUACUUCAUUUGGCAAUUUGAGAAAUCAGAAAAAAAUGAUUCUCAAUGAUAACAAUCUCAUUGGGGAAAUUCCUUCAUUUGUGUGCAAUUUGACAUCACUGGAAGUGUUGUAUAUGCCGAGAAACAAUUUGAAGGGAAAAGUUCCACAAUGUUUGGGUAAUAUCAGCGGCCUCAAAGUUAUGACGAUGUCACAUAAUAAUCUCAGCAGAGAGAUCCCUUCAUCUAUUUCCAAUUUAACAUCACUACAAAUUCUAGAUUUGGGCAGAAACAAUCUGGAGGGAGCAAUUCCACAAUGUUUUGGCAAUAUUAGUAGCCUCCAGGUUUUUGAUAUGCAGAAUAACAAACUUUCUGGGAGCCUUCCAACAAAUUUUAGCAUUGGAAGUGCACUUAUGAGUCUCAACUUGCAUGGCAAUGAACUAGAGGGGGGAAUCCCUCGGUCUUUGGCCAAUUGCAAAAAGCUGCAAGUUCUUGAUCUAGGAGAUAAUCAUCUCAAUGACACAUUCCCCGUGUGGUUGGGAACUUUGACAGAGCUAAGAGUUUUAAGAUUGACAUCGAAUAAAUUGCAUGGACCCAUAAGAUCUUCAGGUGCUGAAAUAAUGUUUCCUGAUCUUCGAAUCAUGGAUCUCUCUUACAAUGCCUUCUCGAAAGACUUACCAACGAGUCUGUUUCAACAUUUGAAAGGCAUGAGGACAAUUGAUCAAACAAUUAAGGUACCAAGUUAUGAAGGAGGUGGAGCUUACGAAGACUCGAUAGUUGUUGUAUCAAAGCGAUUGAAGCUUGAAGUUGUGAGAAUUUUGUCUUUGUACACAGUUAUCGAUCUUUCAAACAACAAAUUUGAAGGACAUAUUCCUAGUGUUCUAGGAGAUCUCAUUGCUCUUCGGGUGUUGAAUAUGUCUCAUAAUGGAUUGAAAGGUCAUAUACCACCACCACUUGGACGUUUAUCUGUAGUGGAAUCAUUGGACAUAUCGUUUAACCAACUUUCAGGAGAGAUACCACAACAACUUGCUUCUCUUACGUCUCUUGAAUUCUUAAAUCUCUCCCACAAUUAUCUCCAAGGAUGCAUCCCUCAAGGACCUCAAUUUCGUACCUUUGAGAGCAAUUCAUAUGAAGGUAAUGAUGGAUUACGUGGAUUCCCUGUUUCAAAAGGUUGUGGCAAUGAUCCUGUGUCAGAGACGAACUAUACAGUGUCUGCGCUAGAAGGUCAAGAAAGAAAUUCUGAAUUUUUCAAUGAUUUUUGGAAAGCAGCUCUGAUGGGCUAUGGCAGUGGACUAUGUAUUGGCUUAUCCAUAAUAUAUUUCUUGAUCGCGACUGGAAAUCUAAGAUGGCUGGCAAGAACCAUUGAAGAACUGGAACACAAAAUUAUCAUGCGAAGGAGAAAGAAACAGCGAGGUCAAAGGAAUUACAGAAGAAGAAAUAAUCGCUUCUAGACUAGUUACCAAAAAAGAAGGAUUUGAUUUCAGAACUUCAGAUACAGGGGGUAUACUAGAUAGAUCAAAGUUGGAUAAUCUAUAUGAAACAGCACUGGCAAGACAGAAUCUUGUAAAAUGACCCUAA